GUGGACGCUGGGCGCUGGCAGCUUAAAAAAGCCUUUCAAUUCAGGCUACAUAUCCACAGCACAAUCCUUGACGUGUUCGGCUCGUGAGCUCAGAGAAAUCUACGCUUUGAAUUUGGACAGGACUGUUCUCUUUUCCAACGCGAAAAAGUGCGUCUACAAACUCAAACCGGGAGUCCGAGAGCUUGGGCAGCGAGUCCUUCAUAACACAGAGGGGGAACAUAUCCUAGUGACCAAGAACUGCCUUUCUAACAGGAUAACAACUGUCACCGCAGCCUCAGAAGCUUUACCCAAACCACAGAGUUUUUAUUUUUUAUGUUCCUGCUGCAAAAUGUUCUUUCCUUCUUUUUUGGCAUGGUGGAUAAGAGAAUUCAACAUGUGAGCACGUAUCCGCUCUCACUCGCUUUAUUGAUGGGAGAUUAUUCUGUUUUAACGUGAAAACUACUGCGGAGGACGAUUUAUUACAAGAGAAUGUUCAGCAAAUAUCGUGGAAGAAAAAUAACCGUGGAUCUGUAAAGAUUUGUUUAAUUUUUUCGAUCCGGGUAUUGUUAUCUUCGUUGUAUUUUCGUUAUGAUUUUAACAGACUGAAAGGAGAAAGUUCACCCCCCGCCCACCAGCUAAAUCGCAGUUCAAGGGUCACGGUCAGCGGACCGAGAAGGAGAGAAAGGAGGGAGGCUACUUUGUUUGCUCCCCAUAUUUUUGUUUUGCAAAAGUUUGAAUCGUUUUUUUCGGACCGAGGCGACUUGGCGUAGACAAGCAGCUGAAGGGAUGAGCACUAUUGCUCUCGUUCCCCUCCUCUGGUUUGGGAGACGCCAGCACAGACCCGGUGUCCCGUCCCCAUGAGGGGGGAGCCCGUCUGUGAUUCAUAUUUUUGACGCCAUUUCAUUCUUCCCUACUAGAAAGUCUCCCAUUUUUCUAUGUUUUGCUAUAUAUUUGUAUGAGUUUGAUUCAAAGUACAACUUGUAUGACAUUGUCAAACAUCUUUUCAAAAUUAAUUAAGGGUGAAAUAUCCUCCCUUUUGAAGAGAACUCGUGCACCCAUACGUCCAUUUAUUGAAGGUCACGGUGUGUUAGUGAAGUAGCCGACUGAAGCAGGGCGUCCGGUGGCAUUUUUUUUAGACCUCUCAUACCGUACCGGGGCCCUGCAACCCUACAGCUUAAUGAUGGAGAUUCAUUGUAAGCACGACCCGUUUGCGGCAAUGCACAGACAUGGCGGGGUGAACCAGCUUGGAGGUGUGUUUGUUAACGGCAGGCCCCUCCCAGAUGUAGUUCGACAGCGAAUAGUGGAACUUGCCCACCAAGGGGUCCGGCCCUGUGACAUAUCACGCCAGCUACGAGUGAGCCACGGAUGUGUCAGCAAGAUACUGGGCAGAUACUAUGAAACGGGCAGCAUCCGCCCCGGGGUAAUCGGGGGAUCCAAACCAAAGGUUGCUACUCCCAAAGUGGUCGACAAGAUCGCCGAUUACAAACGCCAAAACCCCACCAUGUUUGCCUGGGAGAUCCGGGACAGGCUCCUGGCCGAGAGAGUGUGUGACAACGACAGUGUCCCCAGUGUCAGCUCCAUCAACAGGAUCAUUCGGACAAAGGUUCAGCAACCGCCCGGCCAAACGGGCUCAGUGUCGGCUCACAACUUAGCAACUUCUGUGGCGGCCACACAAGUGUCAGCAGUGACCAGCGACUCAGCCGGCUCCUCGUACUCUAUCAGUGGCAUUCUUGGUAUCAGCUCAGCUGCCGACGUGGGCAAGAGGAAGAGGGACGAAGGAUUACAGGAGUCGCCGCUGGCCAACGGGCACGGCCACAGUGGGCGGGACUUCCUCAGAAAGCAGAUGAGAGGGGAGCUGUUCUCACCGCAGCAGAUCGAGGUAUUGGACCGCCUGUUUGACAGACCAUGUCCAAUCCAAUCCAGCUCUGACCUCUAUGUGAGCCCUGACUCUGGCAAGACGUCAGAUUAUUCUGCCAUGGCCUCACUAGCGGGAGGACUGGACGAGAUGAAGAACAGUUUGGCCAAUCCUGGUACAGGGGCGGAGUUAGGAGCCAGCGUGUCAGGUCCACAGUCCUAUUCACUUGUUCCAGGUCGAGACUUAGCCAGCACCACUCUGCCAGGCUACCCUCCUCAUGUUCCUCCCACUGGACAGGGCAGCUACUCCACCCCCUCCCUCACUGGCAUGGUACCAGGUGGAGAUUUUUCUGGCAGUCCAUAUUCCCAUUCCCAGUAUUCCACAUACAACGAAUCGUGGAGAUUUCCUAACCCCAGUUUAUUAGUGUUUCAGCAGGAUUACGGGUCUCUCCUGGGAACAGAAAUCGGCUGCUCCUCCAGUCUCUUCACCAGCCAGGCUGGACAGAUGCAAGGGUCUCCGUACUACUACAGUGCAACAUCGAGGGGGGCGGGGCCUGCUGCCACUGCAACAGCCUCCGCCUACGACCGCCACUGACCCCACCAACUAUGAGAAGAGGAGAAUGAAGAGAGGAGGAAGAGGAGGGAUGAGAGGACGGAUAGCACCAGCACUGCACAGUUCAAACCUGCCUACGGAUGGACGACAAUGAGAAUGAGGAUUUCAAAUUGCUGACGUCAGUUUGAAUUUUCUUUCAUUGACACGUAAGCCAACAAACGCACUGCUGGGCUGCAACACAGACAUAUAUUGGUACUACAUUACCGAAAGGACACAGGCAUGGCAGUGUCAAUAACUGAUGGAGAUAGGACUGGUCAGAAGCAAGUGAAUCUCCCGUAAAAUAUCGGUAUCCGUAUCCAAUCAUCUACAAAUCCAAGGAGUCAGUGGACUAAGUGUGCAACAGUGAUUGAAACUGUAUUGUGAUCUUCUGGGUAAAAUGUGUUUUCAGGUUGAGAAUAUUUUCAAGGAACUUAUUUGUGUUGAUUAGAGCAAAAUCACUUUUUCAAACAAGUCUUUUUAAGCCCCGGCAUCAAUCAAUUUUCUAUGCCAUGUUGGUGAAGUAAAGACAAUCCAAUUCACAUAGCUUGACCAAAAUCACCCAUAUCAUUAUCAUUCUAGUCUCUUUACUGUAGAUUCAACAAAUUUCCCCUGGGAUCACAAUGCUUAAUAAAUGGGAUACCAUCAUUACGAAUGGUAGUGUUCAGCUUUACGAUUGAGUGUUUGCUAAGCACCGGCCCCUUCAGUUACUGUUGCAAUGCCUGUCAAAUUUUCUCUUCUGCAGAAUGAAGUAGCCACAAAACAGCAUUCCUAGCCUGCAGUCAUAUAGACUGAGCAAAUAUGUCGUAUAGUUUAACCAGUCAUCACUUUUACUCUUCAGAGGAUCUCUACAGCUCCAUGCACACUGCUUCAACAUGUGGAGAAAUCCAAAGCUUGACAGGCCUCCCAUGUCUAGUUAUGGUUGCCAAGCUCUGAUUGGAUAUCUGCUGAUUUGGGCUUAGGUCUAGCAAAUGCUAAGUCCAAGGGGUUGUAGCCAGAUCCAAAAGUAUCACAGAAACUAACAUCAGGACUUCCAUUCAAAGUUUCCCAGUAACUGACCAACAGGCCUUUCAGUAAAAGCACAGUCUAAAAUCUGAGCCCUCUGCUGUAAAAUAACAACUGUAAAUUUUCACAUCAGACCAAAAUCAUAUCCACCAGGGAGCGUUAUUGUACAGGAAGGUGCUAUCCUACCUCCUCGGCCAAGAUUUAGUCCUGAACAAGAGCUAUUUAAAAUGGGAGGAGACACAGAGUAAUAUAUUAAGAAGCUUUUCUGCGCUGCACUCCGUGAUGAGAGUGAAUGCCUGUAAUGAUUUAUAAUAUGUGUCACGCUGUUGUGCUAGAAUAGUGAUGAUGAUGAUGAUGAAGAUGAUGAUGAUGAUGAUGCAGUGAAAUAUGAAAUCUUAAUAACUUUCAAUAUGAAAAAAAAAUUGUUUAUAAAUAUGAUUGCGAUUUUCUUGUUUAUUGUUUGUUGCCUGGUAUCAGUUGACACAGGUGCCAUUGAAUAAGAUGCCAUUUUUAUCUGCUUCCUGCUUAUUAAUGUGAAGAGACAGGAAGCAGUGGCACCCUCUCUUUCUCUCUUCUCUCUCUCACUCUCUUUCUAUUUCUCUCUUUAAACUCCCCAAAGAUGGGCCCCCACUAGUGGAUCGGCUGACUAACUACAAAAGCACAAAGAGACUCAAUCAUCAUUUAAAGGCGCCAUUUUACUUUUUUGACUUCCCUUUAGAACCAUUAAGUAAUUCUUCGUCUUCUACUGCCCCUUUUGAGUGAUUGUCCUUGUGCUGUUUGACAUUCUGAAAUUGUUCCUAUAAAAGCAUUGCGUUCGUGAAAACACAAGUGAAACUUUUAUUUUUGUUUGUCUCCUACAUCAGUUCUGCGCUGUGACAAUGUAUGACACCAGGGUCGAGGCCUUACCCAUCAUGUACAGACAGAGAAGGACACAAUUGCCCAGCCCUCAGUGCUGAUCUAAUAUCAGUGUAUUAUAUGUUUGAGGGCCCAAAGUGUUGAUCUUGUGAAAGGGCAAUACCUUCCUUAACCUGUACGUAGCUUCCUGUCUCAUUUAUAUUCAUUCAAAACUUGUACAGCAAUCAGUGAUUAGGAAGAUAAGUAACAAGUCACCAUGUCAAUAGCAAUUUUAACUAUUCACAAUUUAGAUUUUAGGGAUAAAACUUUCUUUAUGAUAACAAAAAACUAAGAGGUGUAUGGUAUCGUUUUAGCCAUUGUCUGCAAGUGUUUACAUAUCUUUUGUUUGUUUUGGUUAAGUGUGGCUGACUGUAGCGCUUCAUUGCUACUGUGUAGUUUUACUAGCCAACAAAAGGCACCAAAUCUGUAGCAUGAGACAAACAAUUUAGGUAUUUGAAAUAUACCUAUAAACACUGAACAAAGCUGUUAGUUUCUCCAUCUAUGUUGUUUCUGGGUUUUGAAACUGUGAUAUUGGAUCCUUUUACAUUUGUAAACCUUAAAAGUUGUGUGUCCACAACUCUGAAGCAGAUUGUUAUGAAGGCUUGCAUGCUGUGAUGCCAGCGUGUAUCGCAGCAGGAGCCUCUCCUUAUUUCUGUCUUUCUCUCUUGAUCUUUCUGAGGCAUUAUUGAACCUGAACCACACCAGCUGAAAACAAGGACAGUGCCUUUAGUUUUAUAUGUCGACUCCCCUGACUGACCACGCAUCACUGAAACAAGAUUUAUCGUCCCUCCCUGCAACUCCUUAAACAAAACUCUGCGAACACAUGGCUGAGUUGUAAAAAGCCUUUCACAAAUAAAUAGCAGCCAGUUAUUUUAAACUCUGGAUAAUAAUUUACAAGUACCAAUAGUAGCAUAAAGAGAUAGCCCUGAUCCAGCACCAUUUCAGUCAGAGAUUCAUUAAAACUGUAAAAGGUAUGAUGUGAAAAAUAUAAACACAUCUGAUGGAAAAUAAUCUUACCAAUCUACAAAAGACAACAGGCCAUGGACGGUCUAUUUCAUGAAAGUCAAGUGGCCCAAGGAGUCCUUUCUCUGAUGAAAUAAAUUAUGUUUUAGACAUGCAACUGUUAAAAUGAUUCCCAUAAAAUGUUGUUAAACAUUCAUGUUCCCCAGAGGAUGAAUCCUGAUUAUCCUUCUAAUAAUACCAGCAGGUCCAGAGUUUUUCUAAUUGUAUCAGCGAGUUUAUGGAUUGUCACAUUUUGAACAAAGUUCCUAAAUCCAAGAAAACGUACCAACCUAUUUUUGGUUAUCCACACACUUACAAUGACGUUGACUUGUGGUUUCCAGUGAAUGUUUUUUUAAUACCUUAGUUUAUGCUUGUAUGAUGGGAAACAUGGUACACACUUUACCUGUUAAAAUUGUGUUUGUGAAACCAAUGCUUACUGUCACUAAAUACAGUCGCAAAUUUGCUAGCAUACAGUAGCUUCACACACUUGUUGUUGUUGUAACUUCAUAGUCGUCUGAUAUUGAAGAUUGUUUCACCAUUCCUAGUUAAUGUUUUGAUAAUCCACCCAUAACAAAUUUAAUCAGUGAAUCUCAGACUGAAAUAUACAGUUUUGAGAAAUAUUCAAGCAGGACCAAUAUGUGUUGUAAACCGCCCCUAAAUAGGACCAACUGACUGAAGGCACAAAAUGUAUAGAUAAGCCAAGUAAGCUACAGACACGUUACAAGUCUGUUCAUUACCAUUGCUUUCUAUUCAUCAACAACAGCAUCUUACAAUUUAAUGACACCCUUUUACCAAACAGACACAUGCACACACACACACACACACACACACACACACACACACACACACACACACACACACACACACACACACACACACACACACACACAUUACUGUGAACAUGAAGAAAUAUUGAUUGAAAGUUGUUCUCCUUGAGGAGGUGAUUCCAGUCGUGCCUCCUGUGUCCGCUUGCGAGAUGCUUCAACACGAAACAGGCCAAAUUCAUAGCCAAGAAUACAGCCAUACGUUAACAGGAUUAUUUGUUAACUUUGCAUCUCAUAGUGACACAGCUUGCCUUGCCAUUGCGUUGACCUAAUUGGUUCACAUGGGGAAAGAAUGAGUUUUCAUUGGCCUAGAGCUGUUUCGAUUGGCAGCCAUGACAUUGACUGCAGCGAUCAGGGGGGGCUGUCAUUGUGGGUGGUACUGUAGGAAGUACAGCGGGCAGAGACCAUACACACACACACACACACACACACACACACACACACACACACACACACACACACACACACACACACACACACACACACACACACAUAAAUAUAAGUACAGACACACUCUCUCCCUCUCUUUGUCCUUUGCGGAGUGAUCGCCCCUCCUUUUAUGCCCCGGUGUUCCCCAGGGGAGGCCAAACCUGCUGUGCCAUCAGAAGCUCAUCCCAUCUUUUUUCUCCCCCUCCCUCAGCCCUAAUCUCAUCAAAUCUCAUGCAGUCUUCCCCCCUCUCAUCUUCCCUCCUGUAGCACUGACACAUCACCAGGAUUAGGAAUAUUAAAACUAUUCUGUUGAUUACGGGGCCUGUGACCUUCCUCAAAAAGUCCUCCCUUCUUCCUUUAGACAACCCUAUUAAUCCCUUUUUUCCUCUCUUAUUCUUACUUCUCUCUGACCAUUCAGACGUGAUACUCUCUGUCCUGUCAGAAAUGUUGCAUAGGAAUGAAGCAGGUUGUUUGUGCCAAAGCGAGGUCAUUUCAAUGGCAAUAUUGCUGCCGGCAUAUUUGGCCAAGCAUUUUCUGUGUUAUUGCAUCUCAUAUUAUGUUUUCUCUUCAUGUAUUUGUAAAGCAUUUAAGACACAAAGCAACUCUAGUUUCAGAUCAAACAACGACAUUUCAUUUACAGCUUUGCUACAGUUUACUGUGCAUGAAAAUGCAUUUGCAUCCUGAAUUGUUAUCCCAGCUCCUAAUCAAAUAGGAAACUGAAAUAAAUGCAAAUUAGUUUUUUUCUUUAUUAUGAUUUCUCACCGAGUGCGCACCGCCUGACUGUAUCUCAAUAUGAAUCCAUGAAGAUGACUACUGCCUUCCGUAAAACCUGAGGGGAUUUCAGCAUCACAUCUUGACAGCAAUUAGUGGCACAAUCUGUUUCAUGCUUGCUGAUAUAACUAGGCUUUGGACAGAUCUCAUACUGAAGUGUUUCAAUGUUCUCUACAUCUUAAUAUUUUUCAACUGUGGAAGAGGAGAAAAUACACAGGACUCAGCCUACAAACAUCCUCUGUGCUUUUUAAGCAGAUGGUUCAAUCAAAAAAAAAAAAGAUAACAUGUUUUUUCACCUUACUGUGGCCUUUUGUGUAACAAUCUGGAGUUUUGUUUGUGUUCAUGGCUUCCUACCUGGGGUGAUAAAGAGAUAUUUAUAUAUGUAAUGUUUUGGAAAAAAAAAAGAAUAAACAAAAUACAUCAAAAUGCAAAGACAAAUUAGGUUUCAACAAUUCAGCUUGUUCAAUUCUUUUAAUUCCAAAAAUACAAAAAGAAAACAUAUCUGUAACAUUCACCAAAGCCUGUGAUGCCUGUUUUAAAUAAUAGAUUCUUGUACAAAAAACAUAUAAAAUAGCAGAAAAGACUUACAGAUACAAACACAAAAUGAAGAUAAGAAUUGCCUUCAAAUAUUCCGGAGGGGAGGAUUUAAAAAAAAAAAGUAAAAGAAAUGCUUCUUUAAGAAAAUGUGUAUGUUUUUUAUUCAAUUUUCUAGUAGUUGCAAACAAAACUUGGUGUUUUUUCUCUUUGUGUGUUGUGUGUUGUCUUAAUAUUUGAAUGUAUUUUACUGCAGUGCGAAUUUGCCAAAGAUAUCAUAUCACUUGAUUUCUCUUCUUCAUUUUUUUGGUUUGGUUUUCUGUUAAUGAAUUGUGACCAACUUUGCUCAGAAAAUUGGAAAUAAAUGGUGAAUUUGAUAUUUUUCAUAUUUCUAUUGUUAAUGUUAUUGUUAUUUUAUUUUUUGGGUUUAAGUUUACUGUGGAAUAUUAAAUUGCAGUUUGCUUUAUGCAUCUCUUCAUACUCAGUGUACCUGUCCAUCUGUCCACCUGAGUGACUGUUGUUGGUGAAUUAUUCCAUUUAUGUACCUGUAAUGUGAAGCUAAGAAGUAAUUAUUUGUAAAUAUUUGCCAUAAUUUUAUUGGUCCUUCAGAAUAAAAAAUAAUUUUUUGGAA